AUGUCAAGACGUAGCCACGCCGGUUCAGUGCAUCAUGAACGGAGGGUGUCGAAGUUCCGUGUGUCCGACGAGGACUUAAUGAACUACAUAUUCCGUGUCGCGUAUCUGAGCUAUCAGCUACAGCCCAAGCCCGUCGAGACCCAUGCCGAGGAGGAAUCCAAGUCGUCAGAUUACUCUGCCCGAAUACAGGGCGCCCUCCACAACUCCAUCUUCUCCAUUGGUGAUCUCUUCAAGGACUUGCGAGAUGGACCCAAGUCCGUGAGGUUUCCGAAGGAUCUGCUGAAGGUGCUGGAGCAGAAGCUGCAGAAUAUUGCAAUGGGCAAGGACCCAGCAUACUCUGAACAGCUCACGCGGAGAACUAUGGCGGUCUUUUAUGGGCGAGUGCAGGACGAGACCUUCAAACGACAAAUGAAGGAGAAUCGCAAGAUCGAGGAGCUAAUCCUCAUGUUUGCAACGAACGCCACGAAUGUCCUGAAGAAGGAACCUUCCUUGGCCGGCGAUGGCUGGAAGCUUGAGCUGAACAACCACAUCGCUUACUUCAUUCGCCUGCUUCGGGAAUGCUUACGACAAAUCAGCCACGUACCGCCAGAAUUGACGGCUCGGCUAGACAUGUAUGCAGAGAAGCUCGCACCAUCACAAGCUCCCAGCGACUCUGGUUACGAUUCGUCUUCAACACGCGACUCCAUGGUGUCCCCGAAGCGAGUCAGCCAGCACAUCUCUGACAUGCCCUUGCUCUUGACUGCCGCCCAGUUGUUCAAGCUACCGGAGUCUUCAAUACAACAGGAGAUGCAAGAACUUGGAAAGUACUACUAUCAGACUUGUCUCAAGAACAUCAAUGCUGGUGCUGCUUUCCCUGGCCGCCGCGACGACUUCGAGAGUGAAGCAGCGUGGCAAUAUUGGCGAACGCUCGAAACGUCUCACCUAUCCCAGCUCAUGCUUGUUAUGGUACAGGUCAACCCCGAGAUCGCCAAGGGCCCAUCCACAGAACCUCCCCUCUCCGCUGGCCCGAAUGGGCGCCCCGGAUCCAUGUACUCACAACGGUCUACCAGGCCGGACUCAUUCUAUGCCGCGGGCACGUCACAACGGAACGCAUCCAUCAGCAGUAGACAUUCACUGCACCAUGCGAAUAGUAUCACCGCCGACGACUUCGGUAACAUCGAGGAGGAGGUCGAUGGCGACGACGACAUUCCCGUCGGGCACCACUUCACCUUCAUCCCUCCGAACCCACGGAAGUACUACAAGCGGCUGCUGGAGCACUGUCUCAUCGCGGAUCUGGAGGCGAUGCUCAGUCCGACAGUAGGUGAUGACGACGAGGUUUCGCUAGGAAUACUCUCCUCACCACACAUCGAGCUGAUCAACGAGGUCGCGCUGCGGUGGCGGAUAGGCCAGCCGUAUCGUGUGACGUGCUUCCUGGAUCUCGUGAGGCAGUUUUAUGAGCGGAAUGAGGUGCCGCUGGAGUGCAUCCCCGAGGCGCUGCAGAACAUACAGAAAGUCCUGAGCGAGGUCGAGCUGGAGAAGUGGCCGAUGCAAGAUCGCGAUUACCUAGCACAGGUGUACGGCAGCCUCUUCAGCAUAUUCUUAUCCUCCCUCUACCAUGCCAUGGAAGCCAUCCCGAACCUGAAGCAGUCUGAGGUAGCGCCCUUCAUUCACAUCCUCGAGGUAGUUCGCGCGAGCGGGCUGCUCGAGAAGUACGACGUCGACGUGGCCGCCCGGGUCGCUGAUGUCCAGGAACAAGUGCGCACCGUAGCUGCUCGCUACUACGGCCAGAAACGGCAGGAGUUCCUCGCAGCACCAGGGGUGAACAAGGCGCUCCCGCAUCUGCUCAUGACAGACGAGAUCGAGAAGGCCGCGAAGCUGCUGGACAAGCGGUUCCCUGAGCCUAUACUUGGUCGACUGGACAUCGUGUCGUUAGUGGUCGAGGUCCAGGUGCCGCACUUCCUCAUAGACCUGGACGACUCGCGGAAACGACUAUUCGAAGACUCUAUGAACGGGCCAACACCUGAUGUCCCGAUUCAGGACGUUUUCGCGCUUUAUCGACGUGCGAAGACCCUGAUGGCCAUGUUCAAUGCUUUCGUGCCAAAUGGAGAUAUCCAGUUCGACCUGGGAGGGUACUUCCAGCCAUACGUACAGCAAUGGCUAGUCAAUAUGGACAACAAGACAACCCAGUGGGUCCAAGCUGCGAUCGCGGCGGACAAAUUCCAACCAGAAGGUACGGAGGGGCACAGUUCUUCUAUCAUUGAUCUGUUCGAUUCUUUGCGGAGCCCUAUCACGUUCCUGGAGGAACUGGAAUGGGAGGAUGAAUACCAGGAGGCGAGGUUCUUCACGAGCUUGUCUAAGACCAUCAGCAAGGCGAUUGAGCAGUACUGUCGAAGCGUGGAGGAGCUCUUCAUGACGGAGAUGUUCCCACGACCGACCGACUACCUUCAGCCACAGAAGUCGUCCGCGUGGCUAGAGAAGGCCAGGCAGCUGGCGGCCGUCGGCGAGAAGAAGGUCGAGAUGUUCACGUUCCAGCCCGAGUCGUGCGUCAAGUUGAACAACGUCGAGGCCGCACGGCGGCUGCUGGACCAGAUGUACGCGCAGAUGCAGGCGGACAAGAAGACGGAGGCCUUGCAGCAGGCACCCCCUGUACCAGAGAAGGUAGAGCGGAAUGACCGAUUCUUGUUCACCGUGAAGAUCUGCAUCGCGGAGGGGCUCAUACCUCUGGACACGAGUCCGUCGUCGAAGCUGGACACCUUCAUCACUCUGAGUGAUGAGCAGGGACACCGCCUAGCUAAGACACGUACUAUCUACGAGUCGCUAAGCCCUCGAUGGGACGAGACGUUCGACAUCUCAGUAGAGAAACCACUCUGGCUGAUGGUUAGUGUCCGUGACCGUGCUCUAGUUGGCAAGCACGACACUGUCGGCCGAGCAUACAUCUGCCUGGACCCGCGGCGAUACGGCGACUUCCUCACGCACGACCAGUGGAUGGAUCUCGACAGCCAAGGGCGGAUAUUGCUUCGUAUCAGCAUGGAGGGCGAGAAGGACGACCUGCAGUUCUACUUCGGGCGUGCCUUCCGGUCACUCAAACGUGCGGAGAGCGACAUGGUCCGCGUCUUCAUUGACAAGGUCACGCCGUUCAUCCAGCAAUGCCUGUCGAAGGUGGUGCUCAAGACGCUCGUCAAGUCCACGAGCGGGAGCAUCGACUACAACCGGGCGCUGGGGAACGUCACCGCGCUGUUCGGGCAGGCGCUCGGGCAGAACAGCGCGGAGGUCAUGAUCCCGCUGCCGCAGUCGGAGAAGCCGCGCAUCCGGCCGGAGGCGCUGACGGACGUGGAGAUCGAGCAGGCGAUCGCGCCGCUGUUCGACUACCUCGACGCGAUCCUGCCGACGUUCAACACGUACCUGAGCGAGAGCACGAAGGAGAUGGUGAUGACGCGCGUGUGGAAGGAGAUCCUGAACCCGCUGACGGACAAGGAGGUCGACAUCGUGUUCAAGUGGCUCAAGUUUUUGCGAGAUUACUUCUACGCGGGCGGAGAGGGGCCCGUGCCGAUCGAGUCGCUCCAGAACCAGAAGUACCGCGACGUGCUGUCCAUCCGGCUCUACUACGACUGGCAUACGGACGCGCUGAUGGAGGAGUGCGUGCGGAUGAUGCAGCAGAGCCUGCGCGCGUCGCCGGCGGUGAAGAAGCGCGCCAAGUCGGUGUACCAGCAGCGCAACCUCGGGACGAUCAAGAAGCGCAAGAAGGAGAAGCAGGAGGAGAAGGAGGUCAACAACGGCGAGACCAUCCUGCGGAUCCUCCGCAUGCGGCCAGGCACGUCGGACUUCAUCGCGCAGCAGCUGCACGCGAUGACGAGCCUGCAGGCGGAGCGCGAGGCGCAGGAGCAGGAGGCCGCGCGGCGGAAGGCCGCGCGCCCGCGCCAGGGGCAGCAGCCGUCCGUGCCCGCGAUCCCGCCCCUGCCGCCGCUCCCGCCCAAGUCGCCUGCGUAG